CUUAUUGUCAAAUCAUUAAUGGUGCUUGGAACCAUUAUUAACGCGGUCCUGAGUCCUGACCUCGUUUGCUGGUCAACUAACACGCUUUAAAUUCAGUCUCUUUGAACUUAGAAGGCAAUAAUAAUUUCCCACAUCCCGUAGUAGUUGUUGACUGUGUAGCAAAGUUUUAAUUUGCAUUAGUCGGUUUCGAAAUUUAAGAAUAUACCUUAUUGUUUGUUGAAGCCAAAAUUUUAAUUUCAGUCUACUUUAUAUGGUAAUUUCCUUUCACUUUCACUCUUGUCUAUUGCACACUGCCGAUAAUGAUGUUGGGUUAGAGAAAAUAAUGGAGGCAAACAAGUUAUUAAAUUAAUUAAUUUCAUAUUCUUCUUUUUUUCUAGUCACUACUUUUCUGUGAGCAUCUUUUCUUGUCCCAAUAACAUAGAGUAAGGUUCGUACUCCCUUAGUCUUCUCCAUAUAAGGAAAUUAAAUACAGAGAGACUAAAUUGUAGUGUUGAUGAGGAUGGAAGGAGAAAGAAGGAAGCGGAAAUUGGAGAGUAGUGAAGAAGAAGAAAAAGAAGAAAAUGAGGAGCAGAAGAUGGAGACGUUCUUCGCCUUGGUGAAAAGCACGAAGGAGGCGCGUGAUCUCCUCUUCAAUAAGGACAAAACGGAUAACAAGGUUGAUGAGGAUGAAGAAGCCCUCAAGAAGGGAAAAGCUACUUGGAUUCCAAUGUUUCAGCCAGAAGAUUUCAUUGAUUAUGGAGAAUUGGGAAGAAGAAGUAGUCAUAAUAAUAAUAAUAAUAAUAAUAAUAGUAAUAAUAAUGUUCCAACAACAACUCCGCAUGCAUCAGGUGCAGGUCCUUCGGAGAAACAGAAGGAGGAGGUGGUGGUGAUGGAGAAACAACAUUUGCAAGAAGCGGCGGCGGCGACGCUGGAGGCACCUAUUCCAGAAAUAAAUGAACAGAAGGAGAAAACAAGUGAUCUUCUAGACUUAAAUCUUUCUUUGUGAUAAAUGCCAUAUAUGUAUGUGAAUGUAUGUAUGUGAUUUGCUGACCUAAUUGUAUCUUUAUUGUGUUAUUAAUUAUAUUAUUGAUCAAUUAGUGUUUAUUGUUGAGAUAAUAUUCAAUUUGGCCCGAGUCUCAAUUUAGUUCCCGAGAUUUCAAUUGUCUUUAUUUAGUCCCAAAAGUUUAUAAACGUGCCUCAUAUUAGUCCCUAAGACGAUUUUUAGUAUACAAACGUUAAUGGAGCGCUGUUAUACACCAUCAGAUGUAAUGUUAAAACUUGUAAAAUAAUGCAGUUUUGGUUUUGGCAUUUAAAUAGCUAAAAAACAGCAUCGUAUUACUUAUUUUGUUAAGUAAAAUUUUAAUAAACACCAUUUACGAUGUUGUUUUUGGGUUAUUUGUUGUUCACGACAGUGUUUCGUUAAUGUUUGUACGUUAAAAAUUGUUUUAAGGACUAACAUGAGUUAUGUUCACAAAGUUUGGGGAUUAAAUAGCGACAAUUGAAAUCUCAAGGACUAAAUUGAGACUUGCAUGUAAGUUCAAGGAUCAAAUUGAAUAUUAUCCCAUUCAUUGUUACUUCAUGAUUAACCAUGGAAUUGUUUAUACAACGGAAGAGAGUCAUCAUGUUUAGUAUACUGUGGUGAUUUUUCGUGCUCAAUCCUUAAUAAUAAUCUGCCUUCUGGCUUUGUCUGUUAAAGUUUUACAAGCAGCGUCUUGGCAAUUGAGGAGAUUUCUGUACUUUUACUCUCUUAGUUGAUUAAUAACACUUUAAUUGUUCAA